AUGCAUGGGAUGUUCACCUUGCCUUGGUGGAGUUUGCUUAUAAUAACAGUUAUCAUUCAAGUAUUGGGAUGGCUCCUUAUGAGGCGUUGUAUGGGAGGCAGUGCAGGACUCCCAUUUGUUGGAAUGAAGUGGGUGACAAGAAACUGGGAAAAGUGGGAUAGUAUCCGAGCAACAAAUGAGAAGGUGAAGAUGAUAAAGGAGAAGUUGAAAACUGCACAAGACCGACAGAAGAGUUAUGCAGAUAACAGGUCUAAGGAUCUUGAGUUUGCAGUUGGGGAUUGGGUGUUCCUGAAAUUAUCUCCUUGGAAGGGUGUGAUGAGAUUUGGGAAACGUGGGAAGUUAAGCCCUCGUUACAUUGGACCUUAUGAGAUUUCGGAGCGAAUUGGACCUGUUGCAUAUAGACUUGCAUUACCCCCAGAACUAUCUCGAGUACAUGAUGUGUUUCAUGUAUCCAUGCUCCGGAAAUACAUGCCAGACCCUUCUCAUGUAUUAGAAUAUCAACCUGUGGAGUUAGAAGAAGAUUUAUCAUAUGAAGAGCAACCAGUACAGAUCUUGGAUAGGAAAGAACAAAGGUUGCGUUCUAGAUCCAUCCCGGUAGUGAAAGUUUUGUGGAGAAGUCAAACUGUUGAAGAAGCUACUUGGGAACCCGAAGAGCAAAUGCGGGGCCAAGUACCCUUAUCUCUUCCAUUGACAGAAGGAUUUCGGGACCACAAGUGGUUUGGUUGCGUAGGUGGUACUGAGACGAACUCGUAG